AUGGCUACGGGAGAUGCGGACGAGAUGGACGUCGAGGAGGGUGGAACGCUCAACGGGGACGGAGAAGGGCAAAAAGCAAUAAGCGACGAGGCGCAAGACAAGGGCGAAGGAGCAGCAGAUGGCGCCGCGGAAGCAGUAGCAGACGAUCCCACGACACGUGUGGAAGCUGGCCCUUCUUCCACCUCUGAUGGCAAACAAUCCCCAGUCCUGAAUUCAUUAUACCCACUCGUCCGUCCCGAAGCCCUCAAGGCGCGUCUCUACGACAUCGUCCCUACCAUGGCCGCGCCCCAGUCGACCUCCAUCAACGCCAUCGCCAUCACCCCUAACCUGCGGUACUGGAUGACGGGCGGCAGCGACGGCUACGUGCGCAAAUACGACGGGCCCGGCACCAUCAACGGGAAGCAGCUGCUGACCGUCGCCCAGCGCCACCCUUUUGUGGACAGCGUGGUCAAGGCGGGCAUACUCAUGAGUUACUGGGAGAACUUCGAGCCGGCACCGCCCGAGAAGGGGAGGAGCGCGGGCAAUGACGAGGACAAGACGCUCAGCCCCGUGUACAGCUUAGCGGUGCACAAGGACGCUCUUUGGAGCUUGUCUGGGCUGGAGAGCGGUGGGAUCAACGUACACAGCGUGAGAUACGACGAGGGUAAGGUCAUACAUGUGAUCCCGGCGAAGCAUGGCGACCACCUUGGCCACUCCAAUGCUGUGAGCGUGCUGCAGCUCACGCCCGAUGAGACGCACGUGCUGAGCGGCAGCUGGGACAAGAGGCUCUACGACUGGGACCUGAACACGGGCACCGUCGCGACCAGCUUCGAGGGGAGCGGCGGCCAGGUCUCGGCCAUUGAGCUGCGGCCGCAGUCCGGCGCGCCCAUCCCUGCCGAGGCAGCCGAGGAGCCCUCGUGGGGCGACACCCAGAGGGGCAGCAGCAGGAACAAGGGCUUCUUCGACGACGGGACGAACGGGACUGGCAACGACACGGGCUCAGCAGCUGAAGCAGAUGGAACAGGCGACGGAGAAGGAACCGUAGGCUCGGACCACGAGUCCCUUUUCGGCAGCCCGGGAGGCUCACUGUUUGGUGAUGGCCAGAUAGGCCAAGGAGGAGGCAAUGCGUUCGGCGGUGACGAUGAUAACGAGUUCCAGCAGGCCAUGCUGGAACCCCUAGAAGGAGAGCAGGGCGCUGCAGCGGCUGGCGCGGCUGACACGACCAUGACAGACGCGCCGCCCGCAGAGGAGGCUGCGCCUCCAGCACAAUCACAAGAAAAUGUAGAUCCCACAACAGAUCAGCCAGAGCAACCACCCGCUGGCGACGCAAACGGACGGCCACGCACAGCAGACAGCACGCAGGCAGAUCCCGCUCCACAGCAGCAGCAGCAGCAGCAGCAGCAGCAGCAGCAGUCACCGCAGAGUACAAAGAGUCGCCGCCGCAGCAGCCAGAUUAAACCAUUCAAGCCGACCUCGCCCACCCUCGUCUUCAACCCGCCGCCAGCCCUACAGAACGAUCCCAGCCAGACUGCCCAGAGUACGUUCAUGGCCGCCUCUAUCGACGGCGCGCUCCGUAUCUGGGAUCGGCGCAUGGUCACGCCAGUCGCGCGCAUCGGCACUAGGCCUGGUGUGCCGCCGUGGUGCAUGGGUGCGUGCUGGUCGCCGGACGGGAACAUGAUCUACGCAGGCCGCCGCAACGGUACCGUCGAGGAGUUCAGCAUCCAUCACGCCCGCGGUGGCUACCCAGGCUGGCAGCCCGAGCGCUCCCUCAAAUUCCCCGCCGGCUCUGGCGCCGUCAGCGCGGUCCGUCACAUGCCCAACGGCCGCCACCUCGUCUGUGCCUCCCACGACAUCCUGCGCCUGUACGACCUCCGCGCCCCGACCACCGGGUCCAAGCACGGCUCCGUCCCUUUUCUCAUCAUUCCUGGCCCACCCAGGGCGGGUGUCAUCAGCCAGCUGUACGUUGACCCCUCGUCAAGGUUCAUGAUCACUGCUGCCGGCACGAGGGGGUGGGAGGGCAGCUCCACUGAGGUCCUGAUCGGGUAUGAGAUCGGGUGCACAAAGUGA